AUGUUUGAAUCAGGACGGGUCGUUCAUUCCAAUUGCCCCGACUAUCCAUCGUUCAGGACAGGCGUGAAGCCAGAUGGAACUCCACUCUUCGAGAUCUUGUGGCCUGAUGGGGGAGUCAACUGUGGCAGACACUAUGCCAAGAAUUGUGCAUUGUGCAGCAGCCAUGGCCGUGACGACUGCUUCGGCGAUUGUGAAUGGCGGUCACCAGGCAACAAGCCGCCCGCAUGCCUUCCUGCAUACAAGAACGACACCGCCAAGACCGAAGUGGUCUGUGGUAAUCACAAGGCCGCGAGCUGCGCGGACUGCCCUCAAGGCCAUGGAAG